CUCUCUCUCUCUCACACACACACACAACACACACAAAAUCCUAUUCUCCUUUUGCUUCGUGUAUAUCGCUUUAAACGCAAUUUUGCCACAAAUUUUGAUGAAUCCAUACCUAAGUUAACCCCAAUAAAUUCUUUUUACAUUUUAUCAAUUUGGUUUUUUCUUCUCCUUUUUGUAAUAACAAUUUUUCAACUCAUUAGAUUGAGUUUGGUUUUUUUUACCCGCAAUUUAUUUCGUGAUUUGAAAAUUUGCCGUUUUUGAAAAGAAAAAAAAAACAAAUUAGAUCCAUUCAGGUUGUCAAUGUUCUAUUCCGAUUAGGGUUUCUUUCACAUCGAUUGAAUUAAUCGAAGAAUCCAAUAUUUUUCUGAUGUUAUAGACCUUUUUUUUUUCGAUUAUAACUUGAUUUGAAUUCCUGUAAAAGGGAAUGGUUACUGUAAAUCUGGGGACGCUUCACUAUUUGCUAGAUCAUGUGUAUGGUGCAUUGCUGCACAGAACAAAGAUAACCCCUCAAUUUUUUUCUGGGGGGUGGGGUGGCUCAAAGCUUGUACUUUUAGAGAGAAUGAUUAAGCAAUUGUUUCCUGAAUUAGAAUCCCAAAAUUGGCCUCCAACUUUGGUUCAGCCUAUUUGGAAUACAGUUUGGGAAACAAAAACUGCUUGUCUUAGGGAAGGGGUUUUUCGGACACCUUGUAAUGAGCAGCUUCUCAAUGCAUUGCCCCCCGAGAGUCACACCGCUAGGGUUGCUUUCCUUUCCCCUAAAUUCGUGUCGCCGGAAAAGAUGGCAUGUGUUGUUCAUCUUGCAGGUACGGGGGAUCAUACAUUUGACCGGAGGUUACGUCUUGGUGGACCUCUGCUGAAGGAAAACAUAGCAACUAUGGUGCUAGAGAGCCCUUUCUAUGGAAGAAGACGUCCGAUGCUGCAGCGGGGCGCAAAGCUCUUGUGUGUAAGUGAUUUGCUCUUAUUAGGAAGAGUGACCAUUGAAGAGGCUCGUAGUCUUUUAUAUUGGUUAGAAUCUGAAGAAGGGUUUGGGAAACUCGGUGUUUGUGGACUUAGCAUGGGCGGAGUACAUGCUGCUAUGGUAGGGUCGUUGCACCCGUCACCGAUUGCUACACUCCCAUUUCUUUCUCCACAUUCUGCUGCCGUGGCAUUCUGUGAAGGUGUGUUGAAGCACGCCACUGCAUGGGACGCUCUUAGAGAAGAACUUUCCAUGGAGAAUGCUGCUACCACUAUCGAGCAAGUCACCGAGCGAAUGCGCAAUGUCUUGUCUCUAACCGACGUCACACGCUUUCCUAUCCCUAAAAAUCCCAAUGCUGCCAUAUUUGUCGCCGCUACUGACGAUGGGUAUAUACCAAAAGACUCGGUAAUGGAGCUUCAAAAAGCAUGGCCAGGAUCGGAAGUGAGGUGGGUUAAUGGUGGGCACGUUUCGUCUUUUAUUCUUCACAAUGGGGAGUUUCGAAGGGCCAUUGUCGAUGGACUGAAUAGAUUACCGUGGAAAGAAUCUUGUCUAUGAAUUAUGAUUAUCACUGCCCACACAAAUGGUAAGCAUUGUUCGUUCUUCACAUCUAACGUAAAUGGUUUCGAAGGGGUGUGUUUGUAGCCUCUGGUCUCUAAUUUGUUUCUUAAAUGAACAAAUUCUUGUUGGAUAACUCAAUAAAAAUAUUAAAAAAAAAAAGAAAUGUUCAUUAUCAAUUUGAUCAUUUAUUUCAU